ACGUGGGUCUUUUCUUGAUCCGUUCCAUUGUGGCUGGAUGUUCCCGGAUGUUUCCUUAACCAAAACGUGUGUCGAUUUCAGGGUGCUGGUCACAUUUUGAUGUUCUUAGCAACACGCUCCCUGUCCUUGGUCAAGAUGUCAGGUCUUUCUCCUGCCAUGGUGAGGCUGGAACAGCGUGCGGCUGAGGCCGACCAGAUCAUUGAUUACCUCAAACAGCAGGUGCAGCUGCUCAAGGAAAAAGCAGUUGUCCAGGCCACAGUUAGAGAAGAGAAGAAACUGAUGGUGGAGAACGCCAAUCUUAAGAGAGACAUCGAACAACUGAAGCAGCAGCUGCUGGAGAAGGAGAAGAUAAGAGGAGUGAGGGACGUGGCCAUGCCGACAGCAGGGGACUCCAGUGUACUUUGCGCCUCAAAGCCCGCGCCACCACAGCCCCCAUCCCCAGCAACGACUGCCGGGGCCGCCUCCAAAGCCCCUCCCAACGAAUCCGAGGGCAAGAAGAAAAAAACGGAGAAGAAGGAGAAGAAGCCCGCGGCCCCCCAGGAGGAGGCUAAGGUGGACGUGUCGCGGCUAGACAUGAGGGUGGGCCGGAUCGUCACAGCCGAAAAGCACCCGGACGCUGACUCUCUCUACGUGGAGCAGGUGGACGUGGGCGAGGCGGCCCCCAGGACGGUGGUCAGCGGGCUGGUCAAACACAUACCCAUAGACCAGAUGCAGAAUCGGAUGGCAGUGCUACUGUGCAACCUGAAGCCGGCUAAGAUGAGAGGCGUGUUGUCGCAGGCCAUGGUGAUGUGUGCCAGCUCCCCAGACAAGGUGGAAAUCCUGGACCCACCCAGCGGGGCUGUGCCCGGGGACAGAGUCAUCUUCCAGGGCUUCCCAGGUGAGCCGGAUAAGGAGCUGAACCCCAAGAAGAAGGUGUGGGAGGCGGUGCAGCCAGACCUGAAGACAGACAGCCAGUGCGUGGCCACCUACAAGGGAGCCUGCUUCGAGAUUGCCGGCAAGGGAGUGUGCAGAGCACAGACCAUGAGCAACAGCGGCAUUAAAUAAAGACGGGCAAAGGCGGACAACAGAGCCGCUGAAUUGCAAUGGGAUAAAGUGGAAAUGGAAUCCUAUUUCCAUGGGUGGAACAAGCGAAGUAGCUUGCUCAGCCUGUGGAGGUGAUUGGCUGCUAUACUGCAAUGGUUCUGACUGUGAUGUUAAUGGAAGAAAAAGGAAAUGUUUUGAAAAAGUCUAAUAAAAGAGUUGUUUGCAUCUUCAGCUUAAAAA